AUAUAAACCGCGUCGACGCCAACACAGCCAGUUUCUGUUACGACACAAACGCACCAAGACUUUUCUGAAGACAGUUCUACCAGCAGACCGGCGAUAGCCAAUCAAUGGAUACGUUAAAUAUAAAACCGUUAAGUAAGGAUUAUGAGCGGUCUCAGGGGGCAGUGGGCGAGACCGCUCGGGAGGUCCAGGCAGCUCCCCUGGACAUCCCCUCCACCUCAAGCGAGGAGCGCGCCAUCCGCCGCGUCAUGGGCCGCUGGGGAGCCGAGUGGUUGAGCUGACUCGGCUCCGAGACCCAGAAACCGGUCGGCAUCCAAUGGCCGGCCACCCACCCCCUGCCGCCGCCGCGUUGGGGGGCGCCGCGCCCGGCCCUGAGCCUGUCCUUGCACCAGUACGAGGAGCUGGUCGCCAAGGCCGAGGCGCUGCUGAGCCGACUCGUCAUCGCGGAGAACUACGACUCCGUUAACAACUUCAUGACCCUCUACGACGCGUACAUGGCCUCGCCGGACCAGUCCCUGGAGGAGUUCUUCCCGAAGUACAACCCGCCCAUCAGGGCCCACAAGCAUACGUGCGUGGGUCUCGGCAUGGAGGUGAUGAAGCGCCUGAAGGUCCUAGAGAACGAUUUUCCUGGAAUCACCAAGUCCAUGAUGUUAGUCUCGUGCGACGAGAACAUCCAAGAUCUGCUGGACUACACCACGUCGUUCCCCGGGCCCCAGGGCUUCCUGAUCGAGACGGAGAAGGACCACGUCAUGUUGGCCAUCCAAGUGAAGGUGGCCGGCAGACCGGGUGUGUUCCUGUCGGACUUGGGCUACCACAUCUCCCGAGUCGUCACCGUCAUGGCUGACCGUUGUUACCCACAUACCGGCUGGUUCACCCAAUCGGACGAACCGCACUGCCGCAAGGAAUACAACUACCAGUUCAACAUCCACAACAGCAGCUACGUCGAGUGGCACGAGAGAGAGACGAGAGGAGAGACGGUGAAGGAGCGGUUGUCGCUGGUGUACGUCGCGCGACCAUACCUCACCGCGGUCAGCGUUACUGAGAAGAGAAACCUGGUCUGGGACUUAAGGAGUCUUCUGGCCAGGAACGCUAAAGGCCACCUCACAGCGGGUAUUUACUUCCCGCUGAAACUGAAAGACCAGCAGUUCACCAUGUUCCUUGAUGGUACCAACGGAAAGACAAGGAAGAAGUUGAAGUUUGAAACCUUCUUAGAAUUACAAAAGAUCCCAGAUGAAGUAGUAGACGAAGUGGAGCAGUGCAAUGACCAACUGCAUUUGAGAGAUGGAGAACUCCUCUCUAUCCUGAAGAAGUUGGCAACCAUCAUGGCCGACGAGGAGUACAUGUCUGAACUCCAAGAUGUCAACCAGAAGAUCGUUGAACUCUCUGCUGGGAACUAAACCGGGCGAGGUUAUCUGCCAUUAGGACUAGCAUCAUCCCAUCUUUGAAAUUACUGGAGCCUUUCUUGAAAAGAAAGUUCCUAUUUUGACUAUAAUAUUAUGUAUUUUGACAAAUCCAUUUAUUCAUAUACUGUAUACAUAAGAUUUUUGACAUAUUUAUAUACUUGCAUGUUGGGAUAAAGUAGUAGAUGUAGUUUGAUAUUUGUAAUAUCAUUUCUCUGACGAGUAUCGGCUCAGGCAAUAGGGGAAUAAAAAUUUAAAAAAUA